AUGCCCUCCCGCAGCAAGGAUGGAUUCUACACAGAACCGAUAGAAAGACAACACAACCGAAAGUCCUUAACACAGAUAUUUAAUAUCUCUCUCUUUUUCUGUUUUCUUUUCCAUCCCCCAUUUUUUUCUCCAGCGGAGUCUUCUAUGGGUCAAAAGAAAACAUUGUUCGUUUGCGUUUUUUUCGUGAUGGUGCUUUUUAAUGGGUUUAAUUGCGUCCAUGGACGAACCCUAAGAAACAUGAAAGUUGAUGAUAAGAUGAAUGUUGGUCAUGAUGAUAGCAAGACGAUGAAGGCUAUGAACAACGAUCUGAUAGUUGAUGAAAAGGCGGUCCAGCUCUCGCAGCCACCUCCUUCGCCAACACCGGAAAGUAAAGAUGCAGAAGAUUUCAGGCCUACAACACCUGGUCAUAGCCCUGGGAUUGGCCAUAGUUUAUCGCACAACUAA